UAUUGUGAAGAUGUACUUAUAUAUAUAACAGGUACACGAGUUAUAGGUACAUAUAAUUCAAACUAAAUGUACCAAUCGUGUCACUUUUACUAAGACCAAUAUCCUCGUACAUGAUAUUACGAGUUCGGUGUUCAGUGCGUUGUGAAUAAUUUUGUUCGAUAUGUUUUUAAAGAUUACCUCAUUGGCCGUCCUCUUCGCGGUGCUGGUCACAGCCGAACCGCCGAUCUCAGGUUACGGAAGUCAACGUGGUAGCAACGGUGGAUCAGGAGGCUACGGUGGAGGUAACUCAUACUCAGGUUCCGGUUCCGGUUCCAGUAACGGAGGUGGCGGAUAUGGCGGCAGUAGUUCACCAUUCGGUAGCCGAGGAGGUUCCGGUGGUUAUGGCUCGUCGGGCCAGGGUGCCGGAGGUUAUGGUGGCUCAGGUCAAACCGGAGCUUUAGCUAGUCCUUACGAUUCGUCAAGCUCGUCUGGAUCUCAACCUUCGUACGGAGGUCGAUCAUCUCUCAGCAGCUUGGCCAGCAAAUACAACGGAUUAUCCGGACGUAACGGUUACAGCGCCGGUAAUGGUAGAGGAUCUGCUACUAGAUACACUGCUCAGUCCGGUUCUUCCAACGGUUACGGUGGUUCUGGUUCUGGAUCUGGAUCUGGAGGUUACGGUGGCUCGGGAUCUGGUAGCAAUGGAUAUUCAGCUGGUGGAUUCGGAUCUCAAUCCAGUGGUUUGGGUGCUGGUAGCAACGGAGGCUACGGAAGUGGAAGUGGAAGCGAUGGUGGAUACGGUGGUCAAGGCAGCAAUGGAGGUUAUGGAAAUGGUGGAUCAAACGGUGGUUAUGGUAACGGAGGUGGCAAUGGAUACGGAGGUAGCGGUUCCGGAAAUGGAAAUGGAUAUGGUAACGGAGGAGAAGAUCCUUUAUCUGAACCAGCCAAUUACGAAUUCUCUUACGAAGUUGAUGUACCCGAAUACAACUUGGAAUUCGGACACAGAGAAAGUCGUCAAGGAGAUGAAGCCAACGGAUUAUACCACGUUUUACUGCCCGAUGGAAGAACUCAAAUUGUAGAAUACGAAGCCGACCAAGACGGUUAUAAACCAAAGAUCUCGUACCAAGAAAGUAACACUAAUGGAAACGGAGGUGCCAAUGGUCAAGGAGGUUUUGGAAACGGUGCCGGAGCCGGUUACGGAGGUGCUAGUGGAGCUGGAUCUGCUGGAGGUUAUGGUAAUGGAGGAGCUGCUGGUUAUAGCGGUGGUUUCGGAGGACCUGGAGGAGCUGGUGGUUACGGUGGUCAAAAUGGCGGUGCUGGAUAUUCCGGAGGUCCAUCAGCUGGUGGAUUCGGCAGUGGAUCCAACGGAGGUUACAGUGGCAGCAACGGAGGCGCUGGAGGCUUCGGUGGCAGUUCUGGUUACAGUGGUAGUCAAAAUGGUAACGGAUAUUCCAGACAAGGAGGUUCCUCCUUCGGUGGAAACGGUAACGGUAACGGUUACGGAGCUUCAGCCCAUAGUGGCGAAAGCUCUUACGGCGGUUCUAGUGGAUCAGGCGGCUCGGCUGGUUACAGUGGUAGCUUAGGAGGUGCUGCAGGUUAUGCUAGUUUCCGUAACUCUCAACAAUCCGGAUCUUCGUCCAGUUAUGGUCAAAAUGGAGCUGCCGGAUACGCAGCUUUCCGUAAUAGUCAAUUAGGAGAUUCGGCCGGUUACUCGAGAAACGGUGGAAGCGAAUCGGAGUCUGGUGGAUCUUAUUGAAAGAUCAACUGAAGUGUGUGUUUUGCUCAAUUCUCCACUAGCUACAGUGUGUUUACCAUAUCGACUGCGAUCUUAUUAUUUAUUACGUUAUUUAUUUAUUUUUUUUUGUACCAGUACAAAGUAACAAAGCAUUUGUUAUCGAUAAUAAAAAUAUUUUGAAAAAAUUCA